AUGCUUAAUCUCCUUAUUCAGGUGUUCGAAUCUGUCCAAAGUGACAGAUCGGGCCAGACCAUCUGUCACGUGCAUGUUACUGAUGCGGAUAGUGAACUCGAUCAGAUCGACUGUUCCAUCGAGUCGAGCCAUCGUGACUUUCUGCUGCAUCCAAUCUCUCGUGCUGGUGGCAGUAGUCUGCAGCAGCGCAGUCGGAUCUACGAAAUAGUCUCGGCCAGUCCGCUAGACCGCGAGACCACCGCUCGUCACCGUAUCCGGGUUCGUUGUCAAGACGGCACUUCGCCCAGCCGACUUGUCGGUCAGAACAUGGUACAUGUGCUGGUGCGCGACAUCAACGACCAGGCGCCCAGAUUCACUGCUGUACAUUACACUGGCCGAGUGCGUGAAAACGCCGCCAACUCGAUGGUCAAGAUGCUGCCGACCGUCGGCUCGAGCCAGACGUCGCUACAGACGUCUACAGGCGCGGGUAUGUCUACGGGAGGCAUCGGUACUGCCGGAAUGGCUGGUCGGAAUGCAGGCGCAAAGUCGCUCGCCUCGACAGGGACCCAGCUCGGCAUCCGAGCCGUGGACGCUGAUGCGGAAGAGAAUGCGGUCAUUCUCUACUCGCUGACGCUUUGGCCGUCGCCGCCGGACACACAAUCGGUCCAAGCAGGAGGAUCACACGAGGCAACGGAACAGACACAAUUGGUUCACACUUCCGAGGCUGUGGAGCAGCAGUCGACGAGAGGAGGCGGAAAACGCCAGCCUGGAGGUGCGGGUGACGUUGACAAGUUCUACAUUGAACCGGAGACUGGACAACUCAGGACUCGAGUGCCCCUCGAUUUUGAGGAACAGGAAAUCUACCAAUUCCUGGUGGUGGCCACGGAUCAAGCAAAGGACCCAGAGAAGCGUCUAAAUGCCACUGCUCGCGUCACAGUAGAGGUAGAAUGUGGAAAAAUGCCGCUAUUUUUGCUUAAUUUGAGCAUUAUAAGCUUUGAGCACUCUUAA